UCGCUGAUGGCAGUGAUGGAGAAUGAGACGUGGCAGCACCCUUCAUACGUCCCCCAUUAUCUCCUCCGCGGCGACCCUUUUGCCUCGAGACUCUCCAGAGAGGCGGACAUCGUGGCGGCUUUUUACAUCUGUGUCAUAGGAAUCAUGUCUGCAACGGGGAAUGGCUAUGUCAUUUAUAUGACCAUCAAACGCAAGACCAAGCUGAAGCCCCCCGAGCUCAUGACUGUUAACCUAGCCAUCUUCGACUUUGGCAUAUCAGUGACGGGGAAGCCCUUUUUCAUCGUAUCUAGCUUCUCCCACCGCUGGUUGUUUGGCUGGGAGGGCUGUCGUUUCUACGGCUGGGCGGGCUUCUUCUUUGGCUGCGGGAGCCUCAUCACGAUGACCGUGGUCAGUCUGGACCGGUACCUCAAGAUCUGCCACCUGAGAUACGGUACAUGGCUGAAACGCCACCACGCCUUCCUGUGCCUGGCCUUCGUGUGGGUCUAUGCAGCCUUCUGGGCCACCAUGCCCCUGGUCGGCUGGGGAAGCUACGCCCCGGAGCCCUUCGGGACCUCCUGCACUUUGGACUGGUGGCUGGCACAGGCCUCCGUGUCGGGCCAGAGCUUCGUUAUGGCCAUCCUGUUCUUCUGUCUCGUCCUCCCCACGGGCAUCAUCGUCUUCUCCUACGUCAUGAUCAUCUUCAAGGUCAAGUCCUCUGCGAAGGAGAUUUCCCACUUUGAUGCCCGCAUCCGAAACAGCCACAACCUUGAGAUGAAACUCACAAAGGUGGCAAUGCUGAUCUGUGCAGGCUUCUUGAUAGCCUGGAUCCCUUAUGCAGUGGUGUCCGUGGUGUCGGCGUUUGGUGAACCAGACUCAGUCCCCAUCCCUGUGUCUGUCAUUCCCACGCUGCUGGCCAAGUCCUCAGCCAUGUACAACCCCAUCAUCUACCAGGUCGUGGACCUGAAAAAUUCCUGCGCAAAGUCCUCCUGUUUUAAGGCCCGGAAGGAACGCUGGCAUUUUAGAAAGUCAAGGUUCUACACCAUCUCUGGCUCGUUAAGGGACCCUCCACCAGCCAAAGACGCUCAAAUCGGAGAGUAA